AUGAUCCCUAAAAACUACCAGUAUGUCCUGGCCUUCCUUUUUGCUGUUCACGAGAUUAACAAGAAUGAUGGAUUGUUAUCCAAUACCACACUAGGAUCCGCAGUUUAUGACAAUGCAUUUAAUUCAAGGCGAUGCUCUUGGGCCACUCUGGAUUUUCUCUUUCCAGGGCAAGGGAGUCACACCAAUUAUCACUGUGUUGAGAAAAAGAAAGUAAUGGCUCUCAUUGGAGGGCUCACCUCCCAAAACUCCAUCCAGAUGGCCAACAUCUUGAAUGCAUACAAGCAACCACAGCUCAGCUAUGGCUCAUCUGAUCCAGUGCUGAGGGACAAAAUUCAAUUCCCGUCUUUCUAUCGAAUGACCCCAAAUGAAGAUCCUCAGUAUGAUGGGAUUGUUGAGCUCCUCAAGCAUUUUGGAUGGAACUGGAUUGGCCUCAUGGUGUCAGAGGAUGACAGAGGAGAAACCUUCCUUCGGAAACUGAGACCAAGGCUUGAGCGCAAUAACAUUUGCAUUGCCUGGGCACAGAUCGCCCUGCUUGUGACAACAUUUUUACCAAUGGAAAUACUUCAAGAAAAACUGAGACCAAUACAAUCAACUAUCACCUUGACUGAAAUCAAUGUAAUUCUUGUGUAUGGGGACAGUCAGUCAUUGGAAGCUUUACGAAUAGUUUUGUACUCCAUGGAAAUUGCUUAUACGUACCCAGUAGAGAGGGUGUGGAUCACAACAGCUGAAUGGGAUUUUACAGCGUUAGUAACUGGGAGGAAAUUCACCAUUAAAUCCUUCAAUGGCACCUUAUCAUUCAGAUUACAUUCAAAUGUAGUGCCAGGAUUUCAAGAUUUUGUUGAGAUGAUCAAUCCUCUCGAGACUACUUUCUUUUUGAUCCAUGAAUUCUGGUCUAGUGCAUUUCUCUGUUCCUUCCCUAUGUAUAACCUCUACAUCCCAAAGAAGGGAAACUGCACAGGGAUGGAGAGGCUGAGGAGCCUUCCAGGAACUGUGUUUGAAAUGGGGAUGUCUGGCCAGAGCUACAGCAUCUACAAUGCUGUCUAUGCUAUAGCACAUGCUCUCCAUGCAAUGUCUUCAUCAAGAAUCAAACAGAAAGCAUGGAACCUCAGGAAUAUUCAGCCAUGGCAGGUAGUUGUAGCUCCAGGAGUCAAGUCACAAAAUAUUAUCAAAUACUUUAGGAGGAUUAACCAAAAUUACAAGAAAAGGAAAGUCAUGAAUAAAUCCACAGCAUAUUAUAGAAAACCAACUGCUACCUCCCAACUCACCCGUCCAUCAACCCACAUGAUUUACCUGAGGCCUCCAUGCACGCUGGUGAGCCGCCCGGCCUCCUGUGCCAUGAAGGCCUCCUCUCUGAUUAGUGUUGCAAACUAUGGCAGGCUGGAGAGGACGCUGGACAUCUCACUAGCAUGCAUGGAGGCCUCAGAGAGGAAGCUGAGUGGCUUGGGUGGAGACCUCAGUGCUGGUGAAGAAAUAUUUUUCGAUGAUAAUGGGGACCUGGCAGGAGGAUAUGAUCUCAUCAACUUGGUGACCUUCCCCAAUGAAUCCUUCCAGAGAAGACAAGUUGGAAGCAUGGACCCUCAGGCUCCUGCAGGGAAAGAGUUCAUCAUUAAUGGAAGCACCAUUGUGUGGAACCACAAAUUUAAUCAGAUACUGCCCAGUUCCACCUGUGUCAAGAGCUGCCACCCUGGACAGAGCAUGUUCGUCCAGCCGGGGAAGCAAGUGUGUUGCUACGAUUGCCUUGAGUGCCCCCAGGGGAGGAUUUCAAUCCAGAUUGAUGCUGGCCACUGUGAGACAUGCCCAGAAGAUCAACAUCCAAACAAGAACCAGGACAAAUGCAUUCCCAAAGGAAUAACUUACCUAGCAUUCGAGGAGCCCUUGGGAGCAGUUCUGAUUUCCUUUGGACUUUUCCUUGCUAUGAUCACAGUGGUUGUGAUGUGGAUCUUCAUUCAGCACCACAAUACUCCCAUAGUCAAAGCCAACAACUGGAGCAUCACAUGUUCCCUGCUCUCAUCUCUGGUGCUCUGCUUUCUCUGCUCCUUCAUGUUUGUCGGUUGGCCUGGGAAGGUGACCUGCCUGCUGAGGCAAACCGUGUUUGGCAUCAUCUUCUCCAUCGCUGUUGCUUGUGUUUUAGCAAAGACCAUCACUGUGGUUUUGGCCUUCAUGGCCACAAAGCCGGGGAACAGGAUGAGGAAAUGGAUUGGGAAGAGACUGGCUGUAUCAGUCAUCAUUCUCUCUUCCUUGAUUCAAAUUGGCAUCUGUGCUGUGUGGCUGAUGACUUCGCCCCCCUUCCCAGAGUUUGACAUGCACUCCCAGGUUGACACAAUCAUAGUUCAAUGCAAUGAAGGUUCUGUCCUCAUGUUCUACAUAAUCCUGGGCUACAUGGGGCUUUUGGCCAUCAUCAGCUUCACUGUGGCUUUCUUUGCUAGGAAGUUGCCUGAUACUUUCAAUGAAGCCAAGCUGAUCACUUUCAGUAUGUUGGUCUUCUGCAGUGUUUGGGUAUCUUUUGUGCCAACGUACCUGAGCACCAAAGGGAAAUACAUGUUGGCUGUGGAGGUCUUCUCUAUCUUGGCUUCUAGUGCUGGCUUAUUGGGGUGUAUCUUCCUCCCUAAGUGUUAUAUUAUUUUAUGCAGGCCUGAGUUGAACACCAAAGAUCAAUUAGUAAGAAAAAAAAUGUAG